CCGCUGUGAUGGGCCGUUGUUGCCGUGGCUCCGCCCACCCGGUGACGUAGCAGGGAGAGCGUUGAGCCGAGAGAGCAAAGCAGCUUUAAUUGCAGGGCAGAGAGAAAAGCCAGCGAUGGCUUCGCUCAGCCAGGAGCACCGCUACGGGCUGUCCUGCGGGAGAAAUAACAGAAACAGCCCCAACAGGACGCUGUACCAUGUCAAGCUCACGGACACGGCUAUCAGGGCGCUGGAAGCGUACCAGAAACUCAAGAUCUCUUUACCAAGUGAGCCAUCAAUAUGUUUCAAAGGAAACCAAGGGUACAUCAAGAUCCCUGCUCCAACGCCAGAGUCACCUUCUGCUCUCCGCGUCUUUUCCUUUUACUUAUCCAGCGACAGCAAAGACCAACCUCAAGCCAGCUUUGACUGCAUCCAUCAAUAUGUUUCAAGCGACGGCCGCGAGCAGCUGGAAGGUCAAGGCACCAUCCAGGACAAGAUCACGGUGUGCGCCACCGACGACUCCUACCAGAUGACGCGCGAGAGGAUGUCUCAGGUGGAGAAGGACAGCUGGAGCCGCUCCGCCAUUGAGAUCAAACCCGGCGCCACGCAUCCAACUAAAUGUGUCAAGCUCCACAAGAGGCCAGCUCCUCUGUCUGCAUCAGACAGCAGCGUCCACAAGCCGUCCACCAACAACAGGAAGAACGGCGGCGUGGCCACGCCAACCCAGAAGCCCUUGAGGGAGCGCAUCAUCCACCUCCUGGCCCUCAAGCCCUACAGGAAACCAGAGCUGCUGCUGUGGCUGGAGCGAGAAAGAGCCGGCCCGAAGGACAAGACCGAGCUGGGCGCUACGCUGGAGGAGGUGGCAAGAGUGAAUCCCAAAGACAGCAGCUACCUGCUGAGGGACGACUUCUACAAGCAUGUGCAGAGGGACUGGCCCGGCUACAGCGAGGAGGAGAGGCAGCACAUCAGCAGGAUGCUGGCCAGGAAGUUGCAGCCACACAUUGGACAUCAAACCAUGAAUCUUCAAGCAAAUGUGUCCGUGCUAAAGACAUCUGAGGAUACGACACUACAGCACAGCGCAGCAAAGAAUCCUGCGGCGAAACGUCCUGUGCCUUUUGACUUAUUGGAAAAGCCAACUGUGAAGAGACAAAGACCAGCGGACCAAAAGUUGCAACAGCAGCCCACGGCGAACGGACUGUUAAACAACAAAGGACACGACGUUGCAGCUCCGAUGCUCAGCCCCGGUUUCCUCACAAAGACUGAGUUUCAACGGACAAGUAACCAUACUGGUAACCAAGCGGGCUCGCCGGGGGGCCACGGGGGCUUUCCCGUGAUGCCCAAGCUGACAAGCGCCUCUGACACACCUGUCUCAGAGAGCAGAGAUCGAGAACCCAAAGUGAGCAGCCGCCAGCCACCGCAGAGGGACUCCGACUGCGCCCACCAGCAGCCGGCCAACAGCCAGCACAACAAGAAGAAAUCUAAAAAGCACAAAGACAAGGAGCGGGAGCGCUUAAAAGACAACAAGGCCUCUGAAUGGUUGGAGACGAGUCCUGAUCUCAAGCAGAACCUGGACAAACUUGACAAUCCUGACAUCACACACGCUGCGGCCUCUGAGGAGAAGCCGGAUUAUGUGCUAACAUAUGGCACCAUCGUGACUUUGGAGCAACGUAGGAGGUACCAGGAGGAUUUCUGUGCAGAGUAUGAUGAAUACAAAGACCUCCACUCCCGGAUCGCCACCAUAACUCACAUGUUCGUUCAGUUAGGAUCCAAGAUCAAAAGCUUGUCCCCUGGCACACAAGAAUAUAAGAUAAUGGAAGACCAGAUUCUUGAAAAGUACAACAAGUAUCGAAAGAAGUUCCCUGGCUACCGGGAAGAGAAGAAACGCUGCGAAUAUCUCCAUGAGAAACUGUCCUACAUCAAACAGCUGAUCAAAGACUACGACGUCUCUCGCGCUUCUUCGUAGCAUCGGCUCUCCCCUUCAUCGGUUUCUUUUUUUAUGGAACGCUCUUCUUGGUUUUUGCAACGUUGUUAAAACCAGUAACGGUGUAUGCCAAUUCAAUGGAAAUAUUUAAGAAUGUAGCAAUGACUUUUACUUUUCUUUUUUUUUUGUUACACACAUGGUCAAACAUUGCUCUUGGCAGUGUUCCCCUUUCCAUUUUUAUAGAUCUAAAGACAUGCAGUGUAAUUUUUUAAUUCCAUAUCAAAGUUGCCUCAUCAUUGAUACUCCACUGAAGCAGCCCUGUGUAAAAAACAAAAACAAAAAAAUCAAGAUUUUUAAUCAAAUUUUUUGAUAAGAAACAAGUGAAGUCAUUCUAGUGAUUGGCAGAAAUAAAUAUUUUAAGUUUUAUAUAAAGUGACGUAUUAAAAUGAGGAUGUUUUUGCAAUCCAGCCUGUAAGGGCCCCGUACUUUCUCGUUAAGAUCUUACUUUUUCGAUUGGUUUUAAAUGUUAAGAUUUAGUAUAUGCGAUCUCCCAAAUGCACUUCUGUGUAAAGUAUUUAUUCACCAGACCCCUUUCUUUUCAGUGACUGGUAAUGGGACCAACUCGCUUGGCCUUGAUGACUGUCGCAAUAAUUUGGUGAAGGACUAUUUCCUCCCCAAAGUCAUUGCCAAAUGCUUAUCGGGCCCCACAUUUAGUUCACAGUAUUCUAACCCGCCGCAUAGAAGUGUCUUUUUCUCUUCCUUAGCACUACUGAUCUAUUUAAUCUUAAACCACCUGCCUUUUUUAUUCUGUGCUGUCUGUCUCCUCCGCUUCUCAGGUCCGAUUUGAAGUGUUUGUGCGUUUCAAGCAGCUUGAUUGGCGAGCAGCUCAAAGGUUUGCCGAACAGGUUACGUAACUGUCUGUCCUUACGCAGUUGCGGAGAGCUAAUGGGGUUAUUGCAAAGAGGUGUGGUACUGUUUCGAGCCUGGAGGGUUUAUUUGUUUAGUUUCCAGUUAAUAAUCAUUGUCCAUUUGAUUUUGUUUUUUUGCACUAAACCCAGUCUGAAAUGGGGGACAGCAGACUAGCUUAAUUUCCUUGCAGAUUGUAAGUGUUCCUUGUGGUUUUUUUCAGAAUGUUAUCACGCAGUCAAUGACAUGAAAAGCCUUAAUGUUACACUUUUAUAGUACAAAAUCUUCAAACUGCCAAUAUCAACAAGGAGAUCUAAUCCACACACACACAUUGGUAGUCUGCCUUAUAUUCCUGUUCGCUGUCUUAGUCUUAGUCCUCUGUUCAAAUGAAUGCCAACAGUGGCUCUCCCACCAACUGAAUAGUACUGAAAUUAAAAGGAGAUGUUUCAUAAUGUGAUUUAAAACAACAAAAAUCUAAUGCGAUUGGCUGUGACACCGUUGCUCAUUCAUCAGUUGCAUUUGUAAACCUUCUGGUACUCCUUGUUUUCAUAAAAAUGUUCAGAUGUGUGCUCAGUUAUUUAUCAUUAGGAAACUCUUGUUUCUGCUGCCGCUGGUGUUCCUGUUGACGUGCUAUCUGACGUCGCUACGAGCACAUGGAGAAGUUUCAUUGGAUGGUCGUACAGUGAUUCCGGCUGUAUUUUAAGCACACAGAGAACUUUGUUGAAAUACUUCAUCCCAGACAUCUUGUGGGUGGUAAUUAUUACAAGGCGUCAAGGAGGGAACCGGUCAAGUACUUGUUUAAAGACCAUCAUUAUCUGUGGGUUAUUUGAGUUUGAUGGAGACCAUAAUCAUACGUGGGUUGUGUGCGUAGGAUGAAUAAAUCAAUGGUCGGACAAAACAUUUCUUCCAAAAUCACUAAAUGAGUUUUAUUUAUCCGUGCUGUCUUAAUUACAAGGUCCGUGAAGUCUUUUGUUUUUUUGGACAGAAUAUUGACACGGCACCACUACUGCAGAGUAAGUGUUUUGUAGUUGUACUACUAUACCUGCUGAAGGGAACGCCUGAUCUUGGUCACCGAGGAGUCCGAGAAGAGAGUAUAUGUUUUAUGAACUGCAUUUUACAGAUGUCUUCUCUUUUUCUUUUUUUUGUGCAAAUUUCAAAGGAAUAAAAACAUCAGUCAUAACA